UGGAUCAAACAUUGGUGCCCUCAAUGUCUAUCAGAAAACAUUCCAGGCAACAACACUGCUGUCCUCAACAACAAGUGAACAAGGAAACACGUGGUUGCGACAAGAGGUAAACUUCCAAAGCUCAACGCCAUAUGAGGCAAUCAUUGAAGGUGUGGAUUGGUGUUGGAUACAGAGGUGACAUAGCAAUAGAUGAUAUCACAUUCACACCUGGCUGUGGUGCUGUUCCACCAGCCACAAACGUCCCAGUUACAGCAACCACACACUACCAGACAUUUACACCUCCAGCUAACUUCACUGGAACUCCAUGUGUUAACAAUCAGUUCACCUGCAGUGAUGGAUCAUGUAUCCCUCCAACCAAGACAUGUGACUUUACCCCUGAUUGUCCCAAUGGCAUAGACGAACAAAUGUGCCCAAUCACGUGUGGGUUUGACACAGAUACAUGUGGCUGGUUAAACGCUCACCAAGACAAGUUCAACUGGGAGAGAGCAUCAGGGGCUUCAACAGCUAGUGUACGAGCGAUGGCUCCCACGGUCGACAGCACAUCUAACCCUAAGGGAUACUUUGUAUUCAUUCAUGAUCAGACAUCAGGUCAUCCAAAUAGUAACAAUGCCGUUUUCACAAGUCCAACUUACAAUGGAGCCAGUGCCGAGUGCAAGCUACAAUUUUACUACUACAUGCAAGGAUCUGGCUUCAGCACUCGUCUUACACUCUCCAUCUACGAAAAGGGAGACAAAUCAACGCUAUGGCAAGAGAGCUCUGACGAUGGACAGAACUGGCAACACACAACAGUGGGAAUCGGUAGAAGACAGACUCCGUUCACACUGGAGUUUGAAGUGGUUGGUCCCUAUUACUACGCGCGAAAAAUUGCACUGGAUCAAUUCCAGUUCCAAGACUGUGGGCGAGCCCUUCCCCAGCCAUCCUGUAACCAAGCAACUCAGUUCCGGUGCACAAAUAAGGCCUGUGUCAGCUUAAGUAGGAAAUGUGACAUAACCGACAACUGUGGGGACAAUUCCGAUGAAACAGACCCAGACUGUUCAACAUACAUGAAGUUUGACUUCGAGAGUGGCUUUGGGGACCUGCUCCAAGGCAGAAACGGGGUUGAUGAUAACUUUGACUGGAUUCGCUGGAACGGCAGCACUCCCUCGUACAACAGUGGCCCAGAUCGGGACCACACUACUGGAUUAGCUACUGGACAUUACUUAUACAUGGAAGCCUCACAACCACACAAAUAUAAUGACAAGGCGUGGUUGAUGACUAAAACAUUCAGUCCAACAGAAGGGAAGAAUUGCCAUAUGAGGUUCAGCUAUUACAUGUACGGAAAGUUUGUCAAGCAGCUCAACAUCUACACCAGGAUCUACAACUCUGGAACACCUACCAACAUUGUCUGGGCAAGGGCAGGAGAUCAGGGUGCAGCCUGGCAACAGGGUGACGUCGCUCUGAACAGUUCCAGCAGCUUCCAGGUCAUCAUUGAGGGCAAGAUCGGAGACAGCUACUUAGGUGACAUUGCCAUUGAUGACGUGUCCUUCACACCAGACUGCCAAUACUCCGGACAAUCUCUACCAGAUGCCCCUCGUACUGCUGUGACUGGGACAACACUGACCCCACCAACUACGGCACCUCAUUCCUGUGAUCUGACCAAGCAGUUCAACUGUCAUGCAAGUGGGAAGUGCAUCAGCAAGAUAAAAGUCUGCGACUUCCGACAGGACUGUACAGACGGCUCGGAUGAAUCCAACUGUGUCGCUGCGACAACCACCUUUGAGUCAGGUGACAUGGGUAACUGGUAUAUUAACCAGACUGAGCUUGUUCCUGGGCAGACAUACAUCUGGUACGACACCUACGCCUCCACCUUACAGAACAACAAGUACAGGCCCACACAUGACCACACCCACAGUGACACGAACACAGGCUGGUUCUUGUGGGCAGACAGUUCUCCAGGUUCCUACAAGGACACAACAACAAUCAUCACUCCAACAAUCAGUCAGACGGGGCCUCAGUGUCAACUGCAGUUCUUCUACUUCAUGUCUGGCUAUGCUCUGGGAACUCUGGAGGUGUACAUGAAGUUUGGUAGCAGCAUGCAGCAGACAUGGGCGGCCAGUGGAGUGCGUGGAACGGCGUGGACAAAAGCACUCAUCUUCCUUGGAACCUCGCAAUCACUCCAGAUCGUAAUCCAAGCAAGACGUGGACGCGACUACCAAGGCGACAUUGGACUAGACGACAUAUCCUUCAUCAACUGUAAGCCAGUAAUACCGUCCCCUAAUGGAUGCGAUGCAACACAAAUGACCUGCAGCAACGGCUACUGCAUUGACCAGUCCAAAAAGUGCAACUUCGCCGACGAUUGUGGAGAUAAUUCAGACGAAAUGCAAACACAGUGUGAUAGUCUGUACCCAGGAAGGUGCGACUUUGAGCAUUACAUCUGCUCGUCCUGGACUCAGGAGGUCAGCGCCACGCUCAACUGGACAUUGCACCAAGGUCCCACACCGAGCGCAGGCACUGGACCAUCGGUGGAUCAUACAUCACGACACGCUACAGGACACUACCUAUACAUAGAAACCUCCGCACCAAGCAAGCAAGGAGACAAGGCCAGACUCGCAUCCUUUGCCAUCAAGGGCUCAUCCAGAAACUGCGCUAUCCGACUAUGGUACGACAUGAACGGCGCGGAUGUUGCCGCACUCACCAUCUACAAGAGAUUCGACUACACGGCGACGGGGCUGCAUAUGAUCGCCAACUACACCACGAAUACAGGAGACGUGUGGAUAGAGUCCCAGAACACGCUGGACAACAAAGGCGGGGCAGGAGACUACCGGGUUGUAAUCGAAGCAACGAAAGGAAAUGGUUACCAUGGUGACAUUGCAAUUGAUGACGUGUCACUUACGCCAGGUUGCCAAAAAGGAGGGCAUAUUCCCGGUGAAGCCACGCCUCCCCCCACGACGCCAUCUACGUGUGCACACAACCAGCGCAGCUGCUCCAACGGAAACUGCUACAGUUGGAACGAGAGGUGCAACUUCCACGACGACUGCGGCGACCUGAGCGAUGAAAUAAACUGCGGAACAUCAUGCACGUUCGAAGAUGGAUUGUGUGGAUGGAAGAACGACAAGGGAGAGAACUUUGAUUGGACUACUCACACCGGAAAAACAACUAGUGUCAAUACUGGACCUGCCAGCGAUCACACUUUCCUCUCUCCAAGUGGCCACUACAUAUACAUUGAGACCAGUGGAGGGUUACACAAUGGCGAUACUGCAGUCCUCGAGACUUCCAUCUACACACAGAGCGGCCCCAACUGCCAAGUGUCGUUCUGGUACAACAUGUACGGCCAAACCGUCGGGAGACUCAGUCUCCUUGUAAAGAGUGUACAGGGUGGCAUCGUUUCACUGUGGUCAAAGACAGGAAACCAGGGACAGGCAUGGCAACAGGCAAAUGUUACCAUCGGUGCCAGGACCAAGUUCGCUAUACUCUUUGAGGCUACAAGAGGAAAUGGUUACCAAGGCGACAUUGCGCUCGAUGACGUAGCACUCAACAACUGUGGAACUGGAACACUGGCACAAAAGUGCGGUGACAACCAGUUCAUAUGUUCAAACCAGAUGCAAUGUGUGGACUACAUAAACAUGUGUGACAAAACAUCCGACUGCAAUGAUGGCUCAGAUGAACUUGCAAGUAACUGCCCCACCCAGCUCGGAGACUGCACAUUUGACAGCCAGGACUGGAUGAGUACAUGCCAAUGGACAUCGGUCAACAGUUCUGACGCCCAGUGGUACCAGGCUGCCCGGUCACCCACAAAGGGGACCGGACCUGGCAGUGACCACGGUCGACGCGCUGGAGGAAAAUACAUCUUCAUGGACAGCAGCAAGAUGGCUGUUGGCGACGUCGCCAGUGUAGCGACGCCCCAAUUCCCUCCCAGCAACGAGCUGUGCCAUCUGAGAUUUUACUACUACAUGCACGGGUCGACUGACAUGGGACCUCUGAACGUGUACCUGGUCAAUACGCAAGGUCAACGAGAGCUGGCCUGGACACUCCAACACAACCACGGUGCGUGGUGGACCCGAGUCAACAUUCCUAUUGGUAACAAUCUCGGGUUCAAGGUCAUCUUCGAGGCAGAACGAGGCUCUGGUAAACUUGCUGACAUAGCUAUUGAUGACGUCACAUUCACCCCGGAAUGUACCACCGGAAAGCCUCGACCAUCUAGUGGACUUGUGUGUAGCUACCAACAGACCAUGUGUGGACCCCUCAAUCAGUGUCAACCGAAUACCUGGCACUGCGAUGGAGUGCAGGACUGCCCCGACGGAAGUGACGAACCAGCCAGUUGCCCAACCAUCUCUCAUUCAAUCUAUUCAAAGACAGUCACGUCGAGCACUCCAUCCACUCCAAAGCCGACAUCAGGUCCAUCGUGUCCAGAUGGUCAAUUUGCAUGUUCUGGACUGUGUAUCUCGUCCGUACUUCUCUGUGAUGGUGUAAGCGACUGCCCCGACGGCUCAGAUGAAAACUCUUGUGAAAAGUGCUCCCAAAACAGCUUCUACUGCCUCCAAAAACGACAGUGUCUGGGUCGAUGGAUGAUCUGUAAUGGAAACUCCGACUGCACCCAGAACGUCGGCGACCAAUUUGGUCAAGAUGAGGCAAGCUGUGGAGUAUGCCCGACCAACUACUGCCUGAAUGGAGGGACGUGUGUCGUAAAGUCUGGAAACAAGGGUCUAUCGUGCAAAAACUGUUCCUCUGGGUAUCAAGGGCGGCGCUGUCACCAGAACACCCAAGGCCCCACAGAAGCCUCUGUACAGAACACUGGAACUAACACAGCAGCCCUAGCGGCUUCCCUCAGCGUUGUCCUGGUGCUACUUGCCGUGGGCGGCGUGGUCGGCGGACUCUUCUACUACCGACGUCGAAGAGCCAGGCAACUCCUGUACGGCUCCGGAAGUCAAGGCUUGAGCAAUCCUGUGUACGACUACGGAAGCGGAGACGCCGACUAUCAGAUGAGUGAACUUGAGCCUCAAAAUCUCAGCUCAGACCCGUCGCUGUCCAUCGACAACCCACUCUACUCCGAAGCUUAAUUGUCUUGGAAUAUGGUCAACCCUGAACAAUGAUGAAAAAACAGAAUGUUUACUUUAAAAACUGUAUCCCGCGAAAUUCUAAUCUGUAAUUGUUAAAUGGAUUGAAAUGUUUUAUUGUUGACUACCGAUUGUAAAUAAACGCAUAUACAAACAUA